GGCUACAGCCGAUCACUUCCCCCCCCUUCGGCUUCCCGCUAGCUAUAUGAACACCGAUCAGGUACUGGGCAUCCUCUCCUUUUCGACUCUGUCAAAUUCUUUGCGGUUUACUCUUCUCCAUCUCCGGUGGAGUGGACUACUGGGUUAGGCAAGCAGGUGAUGGUGAAAAAAUUAGCUGUAUGUGAUGAUUAGGACAUGCGGCACUCAGAUCAAAGGCAUACAGAUGACAUUGAGUUUCUGAGUUUAGCUGGCAUAAUUCUUGUCUUCUUUAAGUUAGCCUGAUAGUUGAGUACAAGGCACUGGAUAGCCAAUUGGACUCCAGCCGCCUGCCCUGAAUGCUACCUUCACGAGUUGCUGGAGGCAUGACACAAUCAUCUUCGAGUUCAGGAAUAUUUUUCCAAGGAGAUGGGCAAUCCCAGGUUGCAGGAAAUUCUCAAUUGAGUUCAAAUUUUGGGAACUCAUCAAAUUCAUUACCUGGACAUGCACGUUCUGACAUUGGUCCAGUUUCAGGGGAUGUCAGCAACACAGUGUUAAACAGUGUGGCAAGCUCGGGACCAAGUGUUGGGGCAAGUUCUUUGGUAACUGAUGCCAACUCAGGACUUUCAGGAGGUCCCCAUCUUCAGAGAAGUGCUAGUAUUAAUACAGAAUCUUAUAUGCGCUUGCCUGCAUCGCCCAUGUCAUUCUCAUCUAAUAAUAUUAGCAUUUCUGGCUCUUCUGUCAUGGAUGGAUCAUCUGUAGUGCAGCAAAGCUCCAAUCAGGACCCAGUUUCACAAAAAGGCCAGCAAAAUCAGCAGCAUCAGGGAGCUUCUAGUGCCACAUCUUUGCCUCGAAUGGCGCAGGUCCAACUCCCUGGUGGUCCAAGGGUUCCCAAUUCUUUCAUCCAGGACCCAACUAGUAUGUCUCAGCUACAAAAGAGACCCCGAUUGGAUGUCAAGCAGGAAGAUAUUGUACAACAGCAGGUUUUGCAACAGCUACUGCAGAGACAAGAUUCCAUGCACUUACAGAAUUCUAAUCCUCAGUUGCAAGCCCUGAUCCAGCAACAGAGACUAAGACAGCAAGAGCAACAGCUUCUACAGGCUAUGUCGCCAAUUCAGCAAGUUCAGUUAUUACAGCAACAGCAGCAGCAGCAGUUGCAGUUAAGACAACAGCUACAACUACAGGGAAUGCCACCUGCAGGCAUAAAGCGACCUUGUGAUGGUGGUGUAUGCUCACGUCGAUUGAUGCAAUACUUGUUUCACCAGAGACAACGGCCUGCUGAAAAUACUAUUGCCUAUUGGAGAAAAUUUGUGGCCGAGUAUUACUCUCCACGCGCGAAGACGAGGUGGUGUCUAUCCAUGUAUGAUAAUGUUGGACAUCAUUCACUUGGUGUCUUCCCACAGGCAGCAAUGGAUGCAUGGCAAUGUGACAUUUGUGGAUCAAAGUCUGGAAGGGGAUUUGAGGCAACUUUUGAAGUACUUCCUAGACUUAAUGAAAUCAAAUUUGGCAGUGGGGUAAUAGACGAGCUUCUUUUUCUGGACUUGCCUCGUGAAUAUAGAUUCCCUUCAGGAAUGAUGAUGCUCGAGUAUGCUAAGGCAGUCCAAGAAAGUGUGUAUGAGCAACUUCGUGUCGUGCGUGAGGGUCACCUUCGCAUCUUUUUCACCCCUGAGUUAAAGAUAUUGUCUUGGGAAUUUUGUGCUCGGCGUCAUGAAGAACUUCUUCCUCGUAGAUUGGUUGCACCACAGGUGAAUCAAUUACUGCAGGUUGCACAAAAAUGUCAGAGCACAGUAUCUGAAAGCGGAACAGAUGGUGUUUCUCAGCCAGAUUUACAGGCAAACAGUGUUAUGGUUGUGACAGCUGGGCGUCAGCUUGCAAGGAGUUUGGAGUUGCAGUCCCUAAAUGAUCUUGGCUUUUCCAAAAGAUACGUGCGAUGUCUACAGAUAGCUGACGUCGUUAAUAGCAUGAAAGACUUGAUGGAUUUCUGCAAAGAGCAAAAAAAAGGCCCUAUUGAGGGCUUGAAAAACUUUCCUCGAUAUCCCACUGCACCUAAAGUUGAGAUGCAAAAGUUGCAAGAAGUGGAUCAGAUUGGAGGUGUUCAGGGUCUGCCAACUGAUCGCACCGCACUCAACAAGCUGAUGGCAGUGCAUCCAGGUCUCAAUAGCCAAAUGAACAAUAACCAGCAUGUGGGUGCCCGAGGAGCUUUGAGUGGCUCAGCACAGGCUGCUCUUGCAUUGACUAACUAUCAAAAUUUGCUGAUGAGACAGAAUUCAAUGAACUCAACCAAUAACUCAAAUCAACACGAGUCGGCUUCUCCUUUCAGUACUACCAGCCAUGGCCUCACGACAGCCCCUCCAGGGUCUUCAGGUAAUUUGUCAGGAACAUUGCAGAAUCCACCAGGCAGUGGCUUUUCUAGUUGUCAAAUUCCACAACAGCAACAAUUACAUCUGCCCUCACCAAGCGGGAGUAGCAUACUACAGCAGGGUCAAUCUCUGCCAGUCCAAGGCAGUCGAGCAAUAGAACAGCAAAUGAUCCAGCAAUACCUGCACGACAUGAGUAGAAAGAACAAUGGCUCAACAGUUCCGCAGCAGGCCCUUUCUGCACAAAAUCCCAGUGGCAACAUAUCAACAGGUGGGCUUGGCUUUAGGAACUCUCCAGCACCCACUGCAACUGGGCAUGGGCAAGGAAAUAUUCAUGGACAGCCACCUAGCAGAAGCAACAGUUUUAAAGGUGCUUCUUCAAAUAGUGAGUCUUCAGCUCAUAUUGGCUUCGGCCAAAGAUCAUCAGAUUUGCCACAAAGUCUUCAUUUAUCAGAUGAGAUGGUUCCAGAUAUUGCCAACGAGUUUAUUGAUAAUGGGUUCUUUAACAGUGAUCUCGAUGACAACAUGAACUUCAGUUGGAAGUCAUGACUAACAUAGUGUGUUCCAUUGUAGUGUUAUGACUGGAAAAACCUGAAGGUAGCAUGUCUUUGUACAGUAUGUUUCGCUUACCUUGUUUUGUUCUGUCAUGAAUUGUUGGGGUUCCUUGUGAUGUUCACUAAGAUAAUUCAUGUUUGUUUAUUUAACUUGUGGGUUUUCCACAGCUAAAGCUUCCUGGAAGUGUAAUCUAGUGACAAAAUUCCAAAUCAUUUUGUAUUUUUUGGUAUUA